GCAAGGGACAAACCGGAGGGCCGCAGAGUGGCCGCCCGAAGCUCCGCCGCCGCUGCAGCUCCGCGGGCGCUGGGGGAUCGCGCCAGCUCUCCGAGAGGCUCGAGCUGGCCAGGGCUGCAGCCGCAGUGAAGGGAAGGAGCCCUCGAGGGCCCUCUUCGCUGGAGCCCUGCUGGAGCCAGCGGCACAGCCUGGGCAUGCCGCUGGCAGAGCACAGCGACUAGGCAGCUGUGGGUGAGCCGAAGGUCGGUCUGCUCAGGGUGUUCGAGCCCAGCCUCGACAACGUCCUGAACACCUCCAGCCUCGGAGGUGGAGUGGACUCCAGCCUGGAGUGGAGUCAGCCCUCCUGCACUAUCUGCUGGAACAACCACAAAUCCAAUCUGGGAUUUUUCUGAGCAAACCAGAGCCGGGAGGUUGCUCUUCUGAUGCUGGAUUGAAUUCGUAUAUCUUUUGAGGGAGUUGGGCCUCUCCCCAUUGAUUUUUGAUCUCCGUUUUCGUGACAGUCCCGCACACCCGCAUUCUAAUUCUUGUGGCUUUGGUUUGCUGUGCCCGCGUGGCUCCUUGACCCGCAAGCGAAGAGAGGACACCGACGCGCAGAGCUUGGGGCGAUGUACCAAAGCCUGGCCAUGGCCGCCAACCACGGCCCCCCGCCCGGCGCCUACGAGGCGGGCGGCCCGGGCGCCUUCAUGCACGGCGCGGGCGCCGCGUCCUCGCCCGUCUACGUGCCCACGCCGCGGGUGCCGUCCUCCGUGCUAGGUCUGUCGUACCUGCAGGGCGGAGGAGGAGGCGCUGCCUCCGGAGCCGCCUCGGGUGGCAGCUCCGGGGCCGCCCCGUCGGGUGCGGGGCCCGGGACCCAGCAGGGCAGCCCGGGCUGGAGCCAGGCUGGAGCCGAGGGAGCCGCCUACACCCCGCCGCCUGUGUCCCCCCGCUUCUCCUUCCCGGGGACCACUGGGUCCCUGGCGGCCGCCGCCGCUGCCGCCGCCGCCCGGGAAGCCGCAGCCUACAGCACUGGCGGCGGGUCUGCUGGAGCGGGCCUGGCCGGCCGAGAGCAGUAUGGGCGUCCGGGCUUCGCGGGCUCCUAUUCCAGCCCCUACCCGGCCUACAUGGCCGACGUGGGUGCGUCCUGGGCCGCGGCCGCCGCCGCCUCUGCAGGCCCCUUCGACAGCCCAGUUCUGCACAGCUUGCCCGGACGGGCCAACCCUGCGCGACACCCCAAUCUCGGUGAGUACGGAAGGGCUUUGAGUCCUAUCUGGGGCAUUCAACUUUCCCAACUCGGUUGA